AUGUCACACUCGGCCUUUCUGGGCCAACCUCCAGCGACUCAGGACGACUUCUAUAUCAUCAAGGGCAUGUACAGAGCAGCCUACGCUUUCAACAAAGAUCCAAGCAAUGGUUACCUCUUUGUUCCGAGGAAGCCUGCAGACUACGAGUACAAUGACAAGCAGGCCAGCAUCAUUGUUGGCAUGGUAAUGGCGAUAUUCAUCAUGUUGUCUACCACGGUCUUAAGACUCGUCCUUCGACAGUUCAAGACUGGUGUGAGAUGGGGAGCAGACGACUGGAUUCUCAUAACAGGGGCGAUCAUGGCGGUUUUGUACCCGAUACUGCAGAUAGCAAUGGUCGUGCGUGGAGGAGGUGGAAAACACACAUGGGACGUCACCUAUUCCGAGUACUAUACAUUCAACAAGCUUGCAAUCGUCUGCAAGAUCCUCUUUUUCACGACCGUCGGCAUCAUCAAGAUAUCUAUCUGUCUCUUCCUCCGCCGCAUAUCCGAAGCCACAUCAAAGUAUCCUCGCAUCGCCAACGACGUCUUCCUUUUCCUGCUCGCAAGCUACACUUUACUCGCACUAUUCUGGUCAUGCUUUCAGUGUUCGCCUGCUCCAGCCAUGUGGGACAAGAUGUACUCUGGCAAACUUGCGCAACCCGCGAAGUGUUGGUCGACACUGGUGGUUGCGAAUACACUAAGUGUCAUCCACGUUAUCAUGGACUUUGUCUUGCUGCUUACGCCGAUCAUCGUGCUCUGGAAAGUGAAGUUGAACAAGAAAACAAAGAUCAGAUUGUUCAUUGUCUUCUCGAUGGGCUCGCUAUCCUGUGUAGCCAGUGUGUUUCGAGAGCUUGCACAAAAGAGUAUAAGCAAGGACAUUACCUAUGGCUACACAAGUCUGCUGGCAUGGACCGUAGUCGACUUGACGCUCGCAGUAGUCGUAGCAUCACUACCCGUGAUUAGUGUACUGAUCCCCAAGGCUUGGGACGACAUUACACACUCAUCGCGCGUCCGUAGAACUACGCAGAAACAACCAACAUCCAAAGGCACACAGGGUCAGUCUGUCGUUGGAAGAGCACGGCGCAACACCAUUGACUCGGAAGAAGAUGGGAUCUUACGCGAGGAUCGGAUCGAGCUGUCUUAUGCUCGCAACUCGAAGCAGAUAUACUCGCGAGAGGCGUCGCAUAUCUCCUUAUACGAAGAUCCUUGCACGAAGCAUGCAUCUCGAACAAUGCCCGAAUAA